CCAUCCCCUUCUCCAAACCCUAACCCCGGCGCUGACCCCCCCAACCAACGGCGGCGGCGAGGGCGACGGAGGCAGCCUGAUGCCCAGCCGCCCGCGGGGGCCAUGGAGCUCGUCCCCCUCAAGCCCGCGGCCGGCGCGCUGGUCGAGUCGUCGGGCGGAGGGGCCGCCUUCGGGGACUCGAUCCCCGCCACCGUGGCGGCGCAGCAGGAGAUGCUGCACGCGCAGGUGGACCAGCUCCGGCGCCUCGUCGUCGCCCAGUGCCGCCUCACCGGCGUCAACCCCCUCGCCCAGGAGAUGGCUGCUGGCGCCUUGUGUAUCAAGAUAGGUAAAAGGCCAAGGGAUUUGUUAAAUCCAAAGGCUGUCAAGUCCAUGCAGUCACUUUUCGCUGUGAAGGAUACUAUUGGAAAAAAAGAAACUCGGGAAAUUAGUGCAUCUUGUGGGGUUACUGUUACACAGGUGAGGGAGUUUUUUGCAAGUCAACGCACACAAGUAAGAAAAUUUGUUCGCUUGUCACGAGAGAAGGCCCUGAGAUUACAGUCAUCCAAGGCUCCUGACAAUUUGUGCUACAUAAGCAGUGAGCAGGCACCUGUUGACAUUGAGGCACAUGCUCAGGUUAUUGAACCUUUGAGAACUUUAGAACCAUUGGAUGUGCAACAAAGCUCUUUGCAGCAUGUGAUGGUUCCUCAAAUCUCUUCGCAACUACCGGUGGUCCCGCCGAGCUAUGCUAUCCCUGUUGCCCCUACAGACAUAAUGCAAGUAACUGUGCAACUAACUGAUGCUAAGACUAAUUCUGAUUCCAUUCAAAAGGAAACUAAGCAAGAUGGAGUUUCUACUGGAGUUGAGUCAGAAGAUAAGAAAUUUCUGGAAAGUAUCUUUGCUUUAAUGCGGAAAGAGAAUACAUUCUCUGGACAGGUCAAAUUGAUGGAAUCAAUUCUGCAAAUAAACAAUGUAACUGUUCUUAGUUGGUUUUUAACAAUGGGUGGUUUGGCAAUUGUAUCAACAUGGUUGGGUGAAGCAGUUAAUGAGGAGCAAACAACAGUUAUUCUUGUUAUUUUCAAGUUGCUCCUUCACCUCCCAUUACAUAAAGCUCUGCCAGCCCACAUGUCAACUGUAUUGCAAACUAUUAACAGGUUGCGGUUUUAUAGGACACAAGACAUAUCAAGCAAGGCGCGGAACCUCCUCUCCAGGUUAAGCAAAGUCCUUGUAAGGAGUCAAGCAUUGAAGAAAUCUCAAAAGAACCUGAUCUGUAAACAAAGGAUAAAUGAAAUUCUCCGUGACGAGUCUUGGAAAUCUGAAGUUGGUAUUACCGAGGGGAUCCUCGCCUUGACUGAAGAUGCAAGCGAGAGCAGAAUGCCUGAGGCCAAAAAAACUCCAUUACUGCUCACUGCUUCUGCUGAUGAAUCAAAUAAAAAGAGUUCUCUGCAGACAAAGUCCAAAGAGAGAAGGAAAGUUCUACUUGUAGAACAUCCAAACCGGAAAGCCGUUGGCAAGAAUGUUAAUCCUGCAAGAAGCACAUCUACGAAUAGUAGCAGACCAUUAUCUGCAGAUGAUAUCCAAAAAGCAAAGAUGCGUGCCAUGUUUAUGCAAGAGAAAUAUGGCAAGGUUGACACGAGCAAAGUGACUGAUAAACCACAUACAAUGGAAAUUCAAAAAUCAUCUGGGCUAGUUGACUCAAAUGCACCGCUUGUGCCCAGAAGCCCUCUAACUUCAAUCAUUAAACAAUCUGUUGACCCAAGCCCAUCCACUUCUAAGCAAAGCAUACUAUCUCCACCUGAUAAGCCAGAAGUCCCAGUUAGCUCGAAGCUGAACAUAGCAACCCAAGAAAACAUCAUAGAGAAAUUUGACUCCAAGAGAGUUCUUUGGCAGAUACCACCAGAUGUAUGGAUAGACCCUGCUUGGAGUUUAGGAACGGGAGAGAACAGCAAGGAAUUUGAGGUUCAAACACAGAGAAACCGGCGUGAGAAGGAGACCUUUUAUACUAGUCUAAAGGACAUACCUUUGAAUCCAAAGGACCCAUGGGAUGUGGAAAUGGACUUUGAUGACAGCCUUACACCGGAAAUUCCAAUUGACCAGCCGCCAGAUGCCGAUGCUAUGGAAACAAAUAGUGUGGGCACAGCCCCUCCAAACAUUGAGGUUCCUGUUGCAGACAAGCAAGUUGGAUCAACCUCAUUGAUAUCUCCAGUGGUUGCUGCUGGUGCAAACGGUGCAGCUUCUGAGCCAGAUCUUGAGCUGCUUGCCGUGUUGCUCAAGAAUCCACAGCUUGUCUUUGCUCUAACUUCCAACCAGGGCGGGACUUUGCCAAGUGAGCAGACCGUUGCACUUCUUGACAUGCUGAAGCAGACUGGCCUUGGACUAUCAGAGCUGGUAAAUGGUCUGGCCAACAAUUCCGGGGUCCAAAAAGAGCCUGAAUCUGGUCCUGAAACUAUACCUACUUCGCUUCCUUCACCAACUCCUCCAAAAGACCUUGCAGCCAGGGAUGGCUGGAGAUCAGAGUUCCCAUCACAAAUGAGGACCUCAAACUUGCAGCGAACACAUUUGCCGAACAGAGCAAAUGUACCUCCUAUUGCCAGCACCGUGCAGCAAAGUUUCUCAAAUGUUGUCAGUUCGUUGCCUUCACAACCUUAUGCAUCAGCUUCUGCUUUGCCUGCACAAAUACAAACUAAUAUCCUGGCUCUUGCUCAGUCGUCGAUCUCCGUAAAUCCUUCUACCCAACAUGUUGCUCCGAUGAAUAACCUUCUGAGCAGAGCUACGGUACAUCAGCAUACCCAAUCAUAUGCUUUAGCGUCUGAUCCUAUUGCAGUGGCCGUCCAUCAGCAGCCAGCGGUGAACAAACUAGCCCAUGAGGUUCAGAAUAUCUCACACCCUUCUACAACACAUUCUUCGGUGCCUGAACCACAUGCCUCUCACACAUCACACACCUGGCAACCUAGUGCUGCUACUGUUGCCACAACUGGACGAAAUGCUACACCUGAUCGAUGGUCUACUCGCACUACUAGUGCCUUUAACGUUGCACCAUCAAACCCAGUGACUUAUCCUAAGCAGAAUGCUUAUAGUAACCACAGUACAAAAGGUACUACAUACAAUGCUUAUGGUUCAACUCCUGUAACGUCCCAUUCCCUCCUCCCAGGGCAGGGACGGGACAGAAAUGGCUACACCCACACAACAGAGUACCAGACGACAGCGAGAGACGCCCUACGGCGAAAUUCGCGAUCUCCUGAGCUUGGUGCUGGUGCUGUCUAUGGUGGCUCACAAAGCUAUGUACCCGAGCCCUCGAGACAGUGGAGCUACGGGCAACAGAGCUACAAUCCUGAGCCUUCUAGGCAGUGGAGUUCUGGGCAACAGAGCUACAACUCUGCUGAGCCUUCAAGGCAGUGGAGCUCCCAGCAGCAGCAGCAGCAGCAGGGCUACAACAACCCAGCUGAGCCUUCGAGGCAGUGGAGUUCUUCACAGCAGCAGGGAUACAAUCCUGAGCCUUCAAGGCUCUGGAAUUCAGGUCGUCAGAGUCAAAACCCUGAGGCACCGAGACAAUGGAAUCAACAUGGAAAGCAAGAACGUUACAAUCCGACAGAUGGUAGAAAUUCCUACGAUCAACGCUGGAGGAGAUGAUGUACUUGUGUAUAUUAGAUGAUUCUUGGAGGUGGUUCUUCGGGCCUUUUUUCUCUGCUUUUUUUAUGGGAGGCUUUUCUGAUUCGCUUACUUUGGGCCUUGUGAUUGGCACAGAGGCCAUUGAGAAAGCUUAUACAUCAUGUACUAAAUGUAGUUGGAGUGGGAAAAACAGAAAACAAAAAAGAAACGAAAAAGAAAAGAAGGGGAAACUGAAUGAGAGGAUGCAUCAGCUGAAUGGCUGAAUCCAUUUGAUGGAUCAAAAUUUUUACUCCA